AGAGAAAGAGAGAGAGCAGAGCGGCAACCACGCUCGCAGGCAGGCCAGGACUCGCACGGAUGGGGCGGCGGCUCCCCAAGCGGCCAACUGAAAGCGGGCGCGCUACCCUUCGUCCAGAGCUGGAGGCCUGGAAACGGGCACCAACACCAGCACACCGCCGAUAUUUGUUCUUCCCUCCUCACUUGCACUGAUCCACGGCAGCCUUGGUGGCCGCAGCCGUGUCUUGACACUGCUCGCAUAUAUCUAUAUCACAGGUCGUGCAAAUCAACAGCCGCUCACCGGCACGAAUAGGGCUAUCACAAUAAUUGCAAACGUAUUUGCCCCACUUGCUGGUUACAUGCGGUUUGAGGCCAUGUAUUCUGUGGCAGCCGAAUUGAAAAGCCAAGUCGCACAACAGCUUCGCAUCAUCAGGAACGCGGUCAGGACGACUCACAGCCACAUGGGCUCGGACCGGCGGGGGCGCAGGGGGAACAUCAGUCGGAGCACGACGUAUAUCAGAGAGCUUCGGCGACGGCUUGCUAAGCCUCUUACGGAGAUCGUCCAACAGGUUCAAUGGGCUGGCGUCAAUAACGUACUUCAUCAUGCCAAGACGGUCCUCGCAGCAGCUGGGGCGAAGGUAUUUCGUAUGAGAGCAUAGCCAGUGAUCAAACUGUAAGCGACGCUUUUCACUCAGGGUCUCGUACUUGUUCAGGUAGUCGUCCAAGGCAUCCGAAGGUUGAGAAUCAGCUUUAGGGUAACCAUCGGCAUGAGUAGGAAUGUCAGGAAAAGAUUCAGCACGAAGAGGUUCGCGAAGAUCAGCGGCACGAACAGGGACAUCACAAACACGUGACACACACGAGGUAGGCUGCACACCAAGGGAUAGCGAAGAAGAACAGCGCGAAAGAGAACCGUGAGGACUGAUCGGGGUAGCAAAAAGUUCGGUCGCCGAUUCCACGACUUCUGCAGGGAGCAAUUCUGACAAUACCAGGAGGCGCCGAGGUCUGGGUAAAAGCACAUCAGUCAACUGUAACAACGCUUCUUCUAUAGCUCGACGGCGCCUGUGCAACACCCCCCAGAGAUCUCUUCAGAAGCAUGGCCACGACGCUCGGCAGAGACGCCACGACACUGCUUCCAAGGCUGGGCAGGAGCACGAACAAGGACGUCAGGAGAAGAGACAGCGGCAGCCCAGGGAUCGGGGGAAGCGAGCGGGUCGGGGCCCACACUGUCGCCACACUCGGCGGCGCAGACGGCAGCAGCACGAAGAGCGACAAGUCCGACUGCAUGUCCGGCACGACUCGCAAUCCGAGGGGUACGCAUAGCAACCUUGUCGGAGAGAUCCUGAGCACAAUCACGAGGAGCAGAACGAGCGGCAUGUCUAGCGAAAGGAUGAAGGACUCCAGAUGAAGCGUCAUGAUAGCCAUGAACUUUAAGAGAACGAACAACUUGGUUUGCAGAUUCAGUCACUUAGUCAUCCACGGGGGGCACAAAAAAACAUAUUUCACCAUUGUCAGCGCGAGGGCGAACAAACCCGCGAGCACGAGCACGAGCACCACGAACAGCAAGAGCUGAAGUCGAAUGCUUGUGCACCAUAUUCACCAAAACGUGGCGGUGGACGCAACCAAAACACUGCAAGAAGCGGGCUUGAGCCAAAAUGGCUUGAGCCAAAAU